AUGUCUGUGAGUGUAACAAACCUGCGCAGCCUCACCCUCCCUCACAGCCUCACCCUCCCUCACAGCCUCACAGCCUCACCCUCUCACAGCCUCACCCUCCCUCACAGCCUCACCCUCCCUCACAGCCUCACCCUCCCUCACAGCCUCACCCUCCCUCACAGCCUCACCCUCCUCACAGCCUCACCCUCCCUCACAGCCUCACCCUCCCUCACAGCCUCACCCUCUCACAGCCUCACCCUCCCUCACAGCCUCACCCUCUCACAGCCUCACCCUCCCUCACAGCCUCACCCUCCUCACAGCCUCACCCUCCCUCACAGCCUCACCCUCACAGCUCACCAGCCUCACCCUCCCUCACAGCCUCACCCUCUCACAGCCUCACCCUCCCUCACAGCCUCACCCUCCUCACAGCCUCACCCUCCCUCACAGCCUCACCCUCCCUCACAGCCUCACCCUCCCUCUCACAGCCUCACCCUCCCUCACAGCCUCACCCUCCCUCACAGCCUCACCCUCCCUCACAGCCUCACCCUCCCUCACAGCCUCACCCUCCCUCACAGCCUCACCCUCCUCACAGCCUCACCCUCCCUCACAGCCUCACCCUCCCUCACAGCCUCACCCUCCCUCACAGCCUCACCCUCCCUCACAGCCUCACCCUCUCUCACAGCCUCACCUCCCUCACAGCCUCACCCUCUCUCACAGCCUCACCCUCUCACAGCCUCACCCUCUCUCACAGCCUCACCCUCUCUCACAGCCUCACCCUCUCACAGCCUCACCCUCCCUCACAGCCUCACCCUCUCACAGCCUCACCCUCUCACAGCCUCACCCUCUCACAGCCUCACCCUCUCACAGCCUCACCCUCUCUCACAGCCUCACCCUCUCACAGCCUCACCCUCUCACAGCCUCACCCUCCUCACAGCCUCACCCUCUCACAGCCUCACCUCCUCACAGCCUCACCCUCCUCACAGCCUCACCUCACAGCCACCCCUCACAGCCUCACCCUCCUCACAGCCUCACCCUCUCUCACAGCCUCACCUCUCACAGCCUCACCUCUCUCACAGCCUCACCCUCCCUCACAGCUCACCCUCUCACAGCCUCACCCUCCCUCACAGCCUCACCUCCUCUCACAGCCUCACCCUCCUCACAGCCUCACCCUCUCACAGCCUCACCCUCCCUCACAGCCUCACCCUCCCUCACAGCCUCACCCUCCCUCACAGCCUCACCCUCUCACAGCCUCACCCUCCCUCACAGCCUCACCCUCUCACAGCCUCACCCUCCCUCACAGCCUCACCCUCCCUCACAGCCUCACCCCCUCACAGCCUCACCCUCCCUCACAGCCUCACCCUCUCUCACAGCCUCACCCUCCCUCACAGCCUCACCCUCUCUCACAGCCUCACCCUCCUCACAGCCUCACCCUCUCUCACAGCCUCACCCUCCCUCACAGCCUCACCCCUCUCACAGCCUCACCCUCCCUCACAGCCUCACCCUCCCUCACAGCCUCACCCUCCCUCACAGCCUCACCCUCUCACAGCCUCACCCUCUCUCACAGCCUCACCCUCCCUCACAGCCUCACCCUCCCUCACAGCCUCACCCUCCUCACAGCCUCACCCUCCCUCACAGCCUCACCCCUCACAGCCUCACCCUCCUCACAGCCUCACCCUCCCUCACAGCCUCACCCUCCCUCACAGCCUCACCCUCUCUCACCCUCACCCCUCACAGCCUCACCCUCCCUCACAGCCUCACCCUCCCUCACAGCCUCACCCUCCCUCACAGCCUCACCCUCCCUCACAGCCUCACCCUCCCUCACAGCCUCACCCCCCUCACAGCCUCACCCUCCCUCACAGCCUCACCCUCCCUCACAGCCUCACCCUCCUCACAGCCUCACCCUCCCUCACAGCCUCACCCUCCCUCACAGCCUCACCCUCUCUCACAGCCUCACCCUCCCUCACAGCCUCACCCUCCCUCACAGCCUCACCCUCCCUCACAGCCUCACCCUCCCUCACAGCCUCACCCACCCCCUCACAGCCUCACCCUCUCUCACAGCCUCACCCUCCCUCACAGCCUCACCCUCCCUCACAGCCUCACCCUCCCUCACAGCCUCACCCUCCUCACAGCCUCACCCUCCUCACAGCCUCACCCUCCCUCACAGCCUCACCCUCUCUCACAGCCUCACCCUCCCUCACAGCCUCACCCUCCCUCACAGCCUCACCCUCCCUCACAGCCUCACCCUCCCUCACAGCCUCACCCUCCCUCACAGCCUCACCCUCCCUCACAGCCUCACCCUCCCUCACAGCCUCACCCUCCCUCACAGCCUCACCCUCUCACAGCCUCACCCUCUCACAGCCUCACCCUCCCUCACAGCCUCACCCUCCCUCACAGCCUCACCCUCUCACAGCCUCACCCUCCCUCACAGCCUCACCCUCCCUCACAGCCUCACCCUCUCUCACAGCCUCACCCUCCCUCACAGCCUCACCCUCCCUCACAGCCUCACCCUCCCUCACAGCCUCACCCUCUCACAGCCUCACCCUCCCUCACAGCCUCACCCUCCCUCACAGCCUCACCCUCCCUCACAGCCUCACCCUCCCUCACAGCCUCACCCUCCCUCACAGCCUCACCCUCUCACAGCCUCACCCUCCCUCACAGCCUCACCCUCCCUCACAGCCUCACCCUCCUCACAGCCUCACCCUCCCUCACAGCCUCACCCUCCCUCACAGCCUCACCCUCCCUCACAGCCUCACCCUCACCCUCUCACAGCCUCACCCUCCCUCACAGCCUCACCCUCUCACAGCCUCACCCUCUCACAGCCUCACCCUCCCUCACAGCCUCACCCUCCCUCACAGCCUCACCCUCCCUCACAGCCUCACCCUCCCUCACAGCCUCACCCUCCCUCACAGCCUCACCCUCUCACAGCCUCACCCUCCCUCACAGCCUCACCCUCUCACAGCCUCACCCUCCCUCACAGCCUCACCCUCCCUCACAGCCUCACCCUCCCUCACAGCCUCACCCUCCCUCACAGCCUCACCCUCCCUCACAGCCUCACCCUCCUCACAGCCUCACCCUCUCUCACAGCCUCACCCUCUCUCACAGCCUCACCCUCCCUCACAGCCUCACCCUCCCUCACAGCCUCACCCUCCCUCACAGCCUCACCCUCCCUCACAGCCUCACCCUCCUCACAGCCUCACCCUCCCUCACAGCCUCACCCUCCCUCACAGCCUCACCCUCUCUCACAGCCUCACCCUCUCACAGCCUCACCCUCCCUCACAGCCUCACCCUCCUCACAGCCUCACCCUCCCUCACAGCCUCACCCUCCCUCACAGCCUCACCCUCCUCACAGCCUCACCCUCCCUCACAGCCUCACCCUCCCUCACAGCCUCACCCUCUCUCACAGCCUCACCCUCCUCACAGCCUCACCCUCCCUCACAGCCUCACCCUCCCUCACAGCCUCACCCUCUCUCACAGCCUCACCCUCCUCACAGCCUCACCCUCCCUCACAGCCUCACCCUCCCUCACAGCCUCACCCUCCCUCACAGCCUCACCCUCCCUCACAGCCUCACCCUCCCUCACAGCCUCACCCUCCCUCACAGCCUCACCCUCCCUCACAGCCUCACCCUCCCUCACAGCCUCACCCUCCCUCACAGCCUCACCCUCUCACAGCCUCACCCUCCCUCACAGCCUCACCCUCCCUCACAGCCUCACCCUCCCUCACAGCCUCACCCUCCUCACAGCCUCACCCUCUCACAGCCUCACCCUCCCUCACAGCCUCACCCUCCCUCACAGCCUCACCCUCCCCUCACAGCCUCACCCUCCCUCACAGCCUCACCCUCCCUCACAGCCUCACCCUCCCUCACAGCCUCACCCUCCCUCACAGCCUCACCCUCCCUCACAGCCUCACCCUCCCUCACAGCCUCACCCUCUCUCACAGCCUCACCCUCUCUCACAGCCUCACCCUCCCUCACAGCCUCACCCUCCCUCACAGCCUCACCCUCCCUCACAGCCUCACCCUCCCUCACAGCCUCACCCUCCCUCACAGCCUCACCCUCCCUCACAGCCUCACCCUCCCUCACAGCCUCACCCUCUCUCACAGCCUCACCCUCCCUCACAGCCUCACCCUCCCUCACAGCCUCACCCUCCCUCACAGCCUCACCCUCCUCACAGCCUCACCCUCCUCACAGCCUCACCCUCCCUCACAGCCUCACCCUCCCUCACAGCCUCACCCUCCCUCACAGCCUCACCCUCCCUCACAGCCUCACCCUCCCUCACAGCCUCACCCUCCCUCACAGCCUCACCCUCCCUCACAGCCUCACCCCUCUCACAGCCUCACCCUCCCUCACAGCCUCACCCUCCUCACAGCCUCACCCUCCCUCACAGCCUCACCCUCCCUCACAGCCUCACCCUCUCUCACAGCCUCACCCUCCUCACAGCCUCCCCUCUCACAGCCUCACCCUCCCUCACAGCCUCACCCUCCCUCACAGCCUCACCCCCUCCUCACAGCCUCACCCUCCUCACAGCCUCACCCUCCCUCACAGCCUCACCCUCCUCACAGCCUCACCCUCCCUCACAGCCUCACCCUCUCUCACAGCCUCACCCUCUCUCACAGCCUCACCCUCCCUCACAGCCUCACCCUCCCUCACAGCCUCACCCUCCCUCACAGCCUCACCCUCCCUCACAGCCUCACCCUCCCUCACAGCCUCACCCUCCCUCACAGCCUCACCCUCCCUCACAGCCUCACCCUCCCUCACAGCCUCACCCUCCCUCACAGCCUCACCCUCCCUCACAGCCUCACCCUCCCUCACAGCCUCACCCUCUCACAGCCUCACCCUCCUCACAGCCUCACCCUCCCUCACAGCCUCACCCUCCCUCACAGCCUCACCCUCCCUCACAGCCUCACCCUCCCUCACAGCCUCACCCUCCCUCACAGCCUCACCCUCAGCCUCACAGCCUCACCCUCCCUCACAGCCUCACCCUCCCUCACAGCCUCACCCUCUCUCACAGCCUCACCCUCCCUCACAGCCUCACCCUCCCUCACAGCCUCACCCUCCCUCACAGCCUCACCCUCCCUCACAGCCUCACCCUCCCUCACAGCCUCACCCUCCCUCACAGCCUCACCCUCCCUCACAGCCUCACCCUCCCUCACAGCCUCACCCUCCCUCACAGCCUCACCCUCCCUCACAGCCUCACCCUCCCUCACAGCCUCACCCUCCCUCACAGCCUCACCCUCCCUCACAGCCUCACCCUCCCUCACAGCCUCACCCUCCCUCACAGCCUCACCCUCCCUCACAGCCUCACCCUCCCUCACAGCCUCACCCUCCCUCACAGCCUCACCCUCCCUCACAGCCUCACCCUCCCUCACAGCCUCACCCUCCCUCACAGCCUCACCCUCCCUCACAGCCUCACCCUCCCUCACAGCCUCACCCUCUCUCACAGCCUCACCCUCCCUCACAGCCUCACCCUCUCCUCACAGCCUCACCCUCCCUCACAGCCUCACCCUCCCUCACAGCCUCACCCUCCCUCACAGCCUCACCCUCCCUCACAGCCUCACCCUCUCUCACAGCCUCACCCUCCCUCACAGCCUCACCCUCCCUCACAGCCUCACCCUCCCUCACAGCCUCACCCUCCCUCACAGCCUCACCCUCCUCACAGCCUCACCCUCCCUCACAGCCUCACCCUCCCUCACAGCCUCACCCUCCCUCACAGCCUCACCCUCCCUCACAGCCUCACCCUCCUCACAGCCUCACCCUCCCUCACAGCCUCACCCUCUCUCACAGCCUCACCCUCCCUCACAGCCUCACACCCUCCCUCACAGCCUCACCCUCCCUCACAGCCUCACCCUCCCUCACAGCCUCACCCUCCCUCACAGCCUCACCCUCCCUCACAGCCUCACCCUCCCUCACAGCCUCACCCUCUCUCACAGCCUCACCCUCUCUCACAGCCUCACCCUCCCUCACAGCCUCACCCUCCCUCACAGCCUCACCCUCCCUCACAGCCUCACCCUCCUCACAGCCUCACCCUCCCACCCUCACCGCCUCACAGCCUCACCCUCCUCACAGCCUCACCCUCCCUCACAGCCUCACCCUCCCUCACAGCCUCACCCUCCCUCACAGCCUCACCCUCCCUCACAGCCUCACCCUCCCUCACAGCCUCACCCUCCCUCACAGCCUCACCCUCCCUCACAGCCUCACCCUCCCUCACAGCCUCACCCUCCUCACAGCCUCACCCUCCCUCACAGCCUCACCACCUCCCUCACAGCCUCACCCUCCCUCACAGCCUCACCCUCUCACAGCCUCACCCUCUCACAGCCUCACCCUCCUCACAGCCUCACCCUCCCUCACAGCCUCACCCCUCACAGCCUCACAGCCUCACAGCCUCACCCUCUCACAGCCUCACCCUCCCUCACAGCCUCACCCUCUCUCACAGCCUCACCCUCCCUCACAGCCUCACCCCUCUCACAGCCUCACCCUCCCUCACAGCCUCACCCUCCUCCACAGCCUCACCCCUCUCACAGCCUCACCCUCCCUCACAGCCUCACCCUCCUCACAGCCUCACCCUCCCUCACAGCCUCACCCUCCUCACAGCCUCACCCUCCCUCACAGCCUCACCCUCCCUCACAGCCUCACCCUCCCUCACAGCCUCACCCUCUCUCACAGCCUCACCUCCCUCACAGCCUCACCCCCUCACAGCCUCACCCUCUCACAGCCUCACCCUCCCUCACAGCCUCACCCUCCUCACAGCCUCACCCUCCCUCACAGCCUCACCCUCCUCACAGCCUCACCCUCCCUCACAGCCUCACCCUCCCUCACAGCCUCACCCUCCCUCACAGCCUCACCCUCCUCACAGCCUCACCCUCCUCACAGCCUCACCCUCCCUCACAGCCUCACCCUCCCUCACAGCCUCACCCUCCCUCACAGCCUCACCCUCUCACAGCCUCACCCUCUCACAGCCUCACCCUCCCUCACAGCCUCACCCUCUCACAGCCUCACCCCUCACAGCCUCACCCUCCCUCACAGCCUCACCCUCUCCUCACAGCCUCACCCUCUCUCACAGCCUCACCCUCCCUCACAGCCUCACCCUCCCUCACAGCCUCACCCUCCUCACAGCCUCACCCUCCCCUCACAGCCUCACCCUCCCUCACAGCCUCACUCACAGCCUCACCCCUCACAGCCUCACCCUCCCUCACAGCCUCACCCUCUCUCACAGCCUCACCCUCCCUCACAGCCUCACCCUCCCUCACAGCCUCACCCUCCCUCACAGCCUCACCCUCCCUCACAGCCUCACCCCUCACCCUCACCCUCUCACAGCCUCACCCUCCCUCACAGCCUCACCCUCCCUCACAGCCUCACCCUCCCUCACAGCCUCACCCUCCUCACAGCCUCACCCUCCCUCACAGCCUCACCCUCCCUCACAGCCUCACCCUCCUCACAGCCUCACCCUCCCUCACAGCCUCACCCUCCUCACAGCCUCCUCACCCUCCUCUCACAGCCUCACCCUCCCUCACAGCCUCACCCUCCCUCACAGCCUCACCCCCUCACAGCCUCACCCUCCUCACAGCCUCACCCUCUCUCACAGCCUCACCUCUCAGCCUCACAGCCUCACCCUCCUCACAGCCUCACCCUCCCUCACAGCCUCACCCUCCUCUCACAGCCUCACCCUCCCUCACAGCCUCACCCUCCCUCACAGCCUCACCCCUCCAGCCUCUCACAGCCUCACCCUCCUCUCACAGCCUCACCCCCUCACAGCCUCACCCUCUCUCACAGCCUCACCCUCCUCACAGCCUCACCCUCCUCACAGCCUCACCCUCCCUCACAGCCUCACCCUCCUCACAGCCUCACCCUCCUCACAGCCUCACCCUCUCACAGCCUCACCCUCCUCACAGCCUCACCCUCCCUCACAGCCUCACCCUCCCUCACAGCCUCACCCUCCUCACAGCCUCACCCUCUCUCACAGCCUCACCCUCCCUCACGCCUCAGCUCACCCUCUCACUCACUCACAGCCUCACCCUCCCUCACAGCCUCACCCUCCCUCACAGCCUCACCCUCCUCACAGCCUCACCCUCCCUCACAGCCUCACCCUCCCUCACAGCCUCACCCUCCCUCACAGCCUCACCCUCCUCACAGCCUCACCCUCCCUCACAGCCUCACCCUCCUCACAGCCUCACCCUCCUCACAGCCUCACCCUCCUCACAGCCUCACCCUCCCUCACAGCCUCACCCUCCUCACAGCCUCACCCUCCCUCACAGCCUCACCCUCCCUCACAGCCUCACCCUCCCUCACAGCCUCACCCUCCCUCACAGCCUCACCCUCCCUCACAGCCUCACCCUCUCACAGCCUCACCCUCCUCACAGCCUCACCCUCCCUCACAGCCUCACCCUCCUCACAGCCUCACCCUCCUCACAGCCUCACCCUCCCUCACAGCCUCACCCUCCCUCACAGCCUCACCCUCCUCACAGCCUCACCCUCUCACAGCCUCACCCUCCCUCACAGCCUCACCCUCCCUCACAGCCUCACCCUCUCUCACAGCCUCACCCUCCCUCACAGCCUCACCCUCCCUCACAGCCUCACCCUCCCUCACAGCCUCACCCUCUCACAGCCUCACCCUCCCUCACAGCCUCACCCUCCCCUCUCACAGCCUCACCCUCCUCACAGCCUCACCCUCACCUCACAGCCCACCCUCCCUCACAGCCUCACCCUCACAGCCUCACCUCCUCACAGCCUCACCCUCUCUCACAGCCUCACCCUCUCACAGCCUCACCCUCCUCACAGCCUCACCUCUCACAGCCUCACCCUCCACAGCCUCACCCUCCUCACAGCCUCACCCUCCCUCACAGCCUCACCCUCCCUCACAGCCUCACCCUCCCUCACAGCCUCACCCUCCCUCACAGCCUCACCCUCUCACAGCCUCACCCUCCCUCACAGCCUCACCCUCCCUCACAGCCUCACCCUCCCUCACAGCCUCACCCUCUCACAGCCUCACCCUCCCUCACAGCCUCACCCUCCUCUCACAGCCUCACCCCUCCCCUCACAGCCUCACCCUCCCUCACAGCCUCUCACACCCCCCCUCACAGCCUCACCCUCCCUCACAGCCUCACCCUCCCUCACAGCCUCACCCUCCCUCACAGCCUCACCCUCCUCACAGCCUCACCCUCCCUCACAGCCUCACCCUCCCUCACAGCCUCACCCUCCCUCACAGCCUCACCCUCCUCUCACAGCCUCACCCUCUCUCACAGCCUCACCCCUCUCACAGCCUCACCUCCUCACAGCCUCACCCUCCUCACAGCCUCACCCUCCCUCACAGCCUCACCCUCCCUCACAGCCUCACCCUCCCUCACAGCCUCACCCUCCUCACAGCCUCACCCUCUCACAGCCUCACCCUCUCUCACAGCCUCACCCUCUCUCACAGCCUCACCCUCCCUCACAGCCUCACCCUCCCUCACAGCCUCACCCUCUCACAGCCUCACCCUCCCUCACAGCCUCACCCUCUCACAGCCUCACCCUCCUCACAGCCUCACCCUCCUCACAGCCUCACCCUCUCACAGCCUCACCCUCUCACAGCCUCACCCUCUCUCACAGCCUCACCCUCCCUCACAGCCUCACCCUCCUCACAGCCUCACCCUCUCACAGCCUCACCCUCUCUCACAGCCUCACCCUCUCACAGCCUCACCCCCUCACACAGCCUCACCCUCUCUCACAGCCUCACCCUCCUCACAGCCUCACCCUCCCUCACAGCCUCACCCUCCCUCACAGCCUCACCCUCCCUCACAGCCUCACCCUCCCUCACAGCCUCACCCUCCCUCACAGCCUCACCCUCCCUCACAGCCUCACCCUCCCUCACAGCCUCACCCUCCCUCACAGCCUCACCCUCCCUCACAGCCUCACCCUCUCACAGCCUCACCCUCCUCACAGCCUCACCCUCCCUCACAGCCUCACCCUCCCUCACAGCCUCACCCUCUCUCACAGCCUCACCCUCUCUCACAGCCUCACCCUCCCUCACAGCCUCACCCUCCCUCACAGCCUCACCCUCCCUCACAGCCUCACCCUCCCUCACAGCCUCACCCUCCCUCACAGCCUCACCCUCCCUCACAGCCUCACCCUCCCUCACAGCCACCCUCACGCUCCCUCCUCACAGCCUCACCCUCCCUCACAGCCUCACCCUCCCUCACAGCCUCACCCUCUCCCUCACAGCCUCACCCUCCCUCACAGCCUCACCCUCCCUCACAGCCUCACCCUCUCUCACAGCCUCACCCUCUCACAGCCUCACCCUCUCUCACAGCCUCACCCCUCACACACAGCCUCACCCUCACCCUCACAGCCUCACCCCUCACAGCCUCACCCUCCCUCACAGCCUCACCCUCCCUCACAGCCUCACCCUCCCUCACAGCCUCACCCUCCCUCACAGCCUCACCCCUCUCACAGCCUCACCCUCCCUCACAGCCUCACCCUCCCUCACAGCCUCACCCUCCCUCACAGCCUCACCCUCCCUCACAGCCUCACCCUCCCUCACAGCCUCACCCUCCCUCACAGCCUCACCCUCCCUCACAGCCUCACCCUCCCUCACAGCCUCACCCUCCCUCACAGCCUCACCCUCCCUCACAGCCUCACCCUCCUCACAGCCUCACCCUCCCUCACAGCCUCACCCUCCCUCACAGCCUCACCCUCCCUCACAGCCUCACCCUCUCUCACAGCCUCACCCUCCCUCACAGCCUCACCCUCCCUCACAGCCUCACCCUCACAGCCUCACCCUCCCUCACAGCCUCACCCUCUCUCACAGCCUCACCCUCUCUCACAGCCUCACCCUCCCUCACAGCCUCACCCUCUCUCACAGCCUCACCCUCCCUCACAGCCUCACCCUCCCUCACAGCCUCACCCUCCCUCACAGCCUCACCCUCCUCACAGCCUCACCCUCCCUCACAGCCUCACCCUCUCUCACAGCCUCACCCUCUCUCACAGCCUCACCCUCUCUCACAGCCUCACCCUCUCUCACAGCCUCACCCUCUCUCACAGCCUCACCCUCCCUCACAGCCUCACCCUCUCUCACAGCCUCACCCUCCCUCACAGCCUCACCCUCCCUCACAGCCUCACCCUCUCACAGCCUCACCCUCCCUCACAGCCUCACCCUCUCUCACAGCCUCACCCUCUCUCACAGCCUCACCCUCCCUCACAGCCUCACCCUCCCUCACAGCCUCACCCUCCCUCACAGCCUCACCCUCCCUCACAGCCUCACCCUCUCACAGCCUCACCCUCCCUCACAGCCUCACCCUCUCUCACAGCCUCACCCUCUCUCACAGCCUCACCCUCCCUCACAGCCUCACCCUCUCACAGCCUCACUCUCUCUCACAGCCUCACCCUCUCUCACAGCCUCACCCUCUCUCACAGCCUCACCCUCCCUCACAGCCUCACCCUCUCACAGCCUCACUCUCUCUCACAGCCUCACCCUCUCUCACAGCCUCACCCUCUCACAGCCUCACCCUCUCACAGCCUCACCCUCUCUCUUCUCCUGCCUGAUGAUGCUCUGACACUCUCCGUGGAGGAACUGGAGGUGGUCGGCCACCAUCCGCUGCUGACACUCGUGGAUGACUUUGGCGUAGGAGCUGGGGUGCAGGUACUUCCGACAUCUCACCUCCUCGUCUUUUAA